AUAAUAUUCUACACACACCAUACACACAUACACCAUCCAUCGCUAGAUAGGCUGGGAGGGGCCCAAAAAACCGGGCCCAAAUGAUAACAUUGCUUCCAAUAUUUCAUUAGUUCUGUGUAAAAUUAAUGUCUGGUGUUUCUUAUAGUGCGUGAAAUAUUUCGAAUAAUUUUUAUUUUAUGAAUUGUUUUAUUUAAAAAAUACGUAUUUUUUAUUGGAAGACUUCAUUAAUCGGAUCUUCGUGUUUUACAUGAUCGAACUGUCAUUAUCAUCUUACAGGAUGAUGUAAAUGCAUUCGCAGCAUUUAAUAAAUCAUCAUGGCUGUUCAUGUUAAAUCAGGACAAAUCUAUUUAUUACCAUCAAUCAGACUAUCUAGAUAACCCAAAAUCUGUUUAAAUCAGACAAAACACAGAAAUAAUGUCUUUCAGAAUACGUUUAGCCUGCAGCAGGCCAAUUAGAUUUUUGGGGAGUAUUGCCAUGAAGUGUUGGGCCUUUAGCGGAGUGUAUAUCCUUGCUUGCUUUUUCUUAUAUUGGUUAUAUGGUGGAAUUUUAGCUUUCUUCUUGCUGUGCUUUGCCACUACUGGAAUACUUUAUCAUAGGGAAGAUCAGCUUCUUUAUCAUCCAGAAUUGCCAGCUCACUCCAGAGUUUACGUACCUGCUCCUUCAAUAUUUAGUUUGCCCUAUCAAAGUGUAUAUACUAGAGCCAGGGAUGGUACAAUGUUGCAUAUGUUUUUCGUUUCCCAACCGGAAGACACAAUGAGAAAGGCACCUACAUUAUUGUUUCUUCACGGGAAUGCUGGCAACAUGGGCCAUCGAUUGCAGAAUAUAGCAGGGUUGUAUCAUAAUGUUCAGUGCAACAUUCUAAUGUUAGAAUAUCGUGGAUAUGGCCUAUCACAGGGUUCCCCAUCAGAGGAAGGGCUUUACAUGGAUGCCAGAGCAGGAAUAGACUAUUUAACUAGUAGGACAGACAUUAAUACUGAUAAAAUCAUAAUAUUUGGCAGAUCAUUAGGUGGAGCAGUAGCAAUUGAUUUAGCCACGAAGGAGGAAAACUCGCAAAGAAUUUGGUGCCUUAUACUCGAAAAUACCUUCACCAGUAUUCCAGAUAUGGCCGCCUUAUUCGUUGGAUCUAGGUUUCUACAAUAUCUACCACUCUUUGUAUAUAAGAAUAAGUAUUUAUCCAACUUAAAAGUUCGCUCCGUCACAGUGCCCACUCUAUUUAUUUCCGGCUUAGCCGAUACACUGGUACCACCUCGCAUGAUGCAGGAUCUGUACAAGAAUUGCCGAAGUACAUGCAAGCGCAUACUUCCAGUCACAGGUGGUACGCAUAAUGAGACCUGGUGUCAGCCGGGUUACUAUCAGAGUAUUUGUUCUUUUCUGACCGAGCUCAAAGAAAAUCCUCCUCCAAGAGUGGUGUCUAGUCAAUGGCAGAUUGAUGAUAUUUAACGAUAAAACAUAUAAUAUCGCGGUUAUUGACUUAAGUCCUUUUUAGAUUAUUAAUGUGAAAAAAAUCGACUUUUUUAAGUUGGAAUAUCAUUGAGACUAUUUCUGCAUAUUAUAGACAUGAAAAAAAUCAAUUUCACAGUUCGAAUACGGAAAUUAAUAAUUAUUCUUGCAUCAAUCAAAUUGCA